AUGAAACUUAAGAAAAAAACACCUCAAUUAACUAAGACAAAGUUAAUUCGAGUUGGUGCUUGGAACGACGACAAAUGUACUAAGCGCUCAUUUUUCUUUCAUUUGAAAUGUUACCUGGCUCAGUACUGCCAUGCAACCACAAUUCACGGCCUGAAGUAUGUUGGGGAACGCGGACGCCAUUUCAUAGAGAGGGUGGUAUGGGUUGGAAUUGUAAUCUUCUUUUGCGUGUGCUGCGUUUCGUUGACUAACAGAACAUUUUCCAAGUGGAUGAGUUCACCGGUGAUGGUGACGUUCGAAACCCAGGAGACCACCAUACACGAAAUACCAUUUCCGGCGGUCACCAUCUGUCCAGAGGCCAAAUUUGAUCCUCAAAAGUUCAACAUUACCGAAAUGUUUUUGAGAAGGGGACGUAAUGGAACGUUUAGCAAAUUGGAGGAGGAGUACUUGCAAGCAGCCUAUUUGAUUUGUGACACUGAGUUUGAUAUAUCAAACUGGAAUCAAACUCUGACUCCCUACUCGAGCUACAAACUGUACGAUGUCGCCUUACACCAUCCUUGCGAAUUUCCCAACAUGGACAAACACUUUCAAUUACCUUUGGAUCAAGCUGUACUUGUCGCGAUAAAACCAUCCAGGAUCACGAUCUCGGCCGAUUUGUGGGGUUACUCUCCAAAUGAGAGGAAGUGUUACCUGGCCGGCGAGAGGAACUUGACCAGUUUCCGAUUGUACACGCAGCAAAACUGCCUCACUGAAUGCUUAGCUAACUACACCUUCAAUAAAUGCCGAUGUAUUCCAUUUCAUUACCCACUUUUAUUUUCAGAUUCGACCCUAUGUGGUCCUCGUAACAAAUACUGUGUGAAGCAAAGUAAAAUUGAUUAUUUCAAAAUUGAAGCCGGAAUGGAAUCGAGUCAACAGUGUGACUGCUUGCCACUUUGCGCUUCUCUGUCGUACGACGUGGAGACUUCACAUACUGAUUGGAACUGGAAAAUAGCUAUGAGCAUUACUCCCAGUCAGGAAUCCGCCGAUCUAGCACAAAAUGCGCAUUUCUCCAAGUUGAACGUGUUUUACAAAGAUUUGCAGUUUUUGAGCUGCAAAAGGAACGCAGGGUUUGGAGUGGUCGACCUUUUGUCCAAUAUGGGCGGAUUUCUAGGAUUAUUUAUUGGAUUUUCGGUUACGUCAGCCAUUGAGAUUCUAUACUUCUGCUCCCUCAGAAUUAUUUGCAAUAUCAAGAGGCACGGCAAACGGGCUUGGUCUGGAGAACUAUAG